AAAUGAGGAACCAGCUGGGCGCGGUGGCUCGUCUGUAAUCCCAGCACUUUGGGAGGCCGAGGCUAGUGGAUCACGAGGUCAAUAGAUCGAGACCAUCCUGGUCAACACGGUGAAACCUCAUCUCUACUAAAAAUACAAAAAAAUAGCUGGGCAGCGUGCCUAUAAUCCCAGCUACUCAGGAGGCUGAGGCAGGAGAAUUGCCUGAACCCAGGAGGCGGAGGUUGCGGUGAGCCGAGAUCGUACCAUUGCACUCCAGCCUGGGUAACAAGAGCAAAACUCCAUCUCAAAAAAAAAAAAAAAUGCGGAACCACUCAGGCACUCUGCAGGCGGCCUACAGCUGCAUGUACCUGCAAAGAACAGCUGAUGAGAAGACAAAGGAACAAACGUUCAAGCUUGACACACAGUCCCCUGGUGCCCUCUAUCACCCCAAUUAAGGAGGUGAUGUUGGUAACUCAACCUGAAACCACAGGCCCCUAGAUCAUCCCAUCAUCUCCUUCCCUCUGCUUCUGGUCGUCCCAGUUAAUAAAAAUAAUCCAAGUAAUCUGCUUCCUGUCACAGCCUACAGCCUUCUCCAUGUGGAGGAGAAGCUCAGGGCCCAGAUGGUCCCAUCAUCUCCGAAAAGGGACAGAUUGAGAAUAUGACAGGCCAUGGUUUGCUCUGAAAAGUUGCUCUCCCAUUCUGUGCAAAGUGCUGGUAUCCUAAUGUGGGUCCUAAAGAAAGUUCCCUUGGGCCUUGGAGAAACGAAAAGGAUCCGGGCUGUGUGACCUUGGGCCGGCCCUCUGCCCUUUCUGGGACUCUGCACCCAGAUCAGUAAAACUGCAGAAUCAGAUGACCUGUGGUCCCAUGGCACCUGGAAAGGGCACUGAGCUAGGAGUGGAGGGAGGCUGGUCCCUCCUCAGCCACUGGUACUCCAGUUAACAUGGCUAAUUCAAAAUGGGCUACAGGGAGGUCAUUUAACCUCUAUGACCGUAGGAUCUUUAUCUAUAAAAUGGAGACUAUAUCGCUACACAGGGUUGCUGGGAAGGUUAUCAGAUCACGUCUGGUGAGGUCCCUGCCUGGAGUUACUGUUCUCACUACUCUGUUUCCCAGAAUAUGGACAGAGUGGGGCUAAUGGCCCAGUCUCCUUUCUGGAAGUGGUGAUGGUCUCCAGAGGUGUUGGGUGUGAAGGGGCUCUGACAUGGCAGACUAACUCAGUCACCUGGGCCUAGCUUAUUUCCCUGACCUCCUGGCAGGGAGCAGGGUGGAAAUGGCUUGGGGCGCGCACGGCGGGGCGGGAUAACUCGGGUUGGACAGCUGCUAAGUGGGUCCUGGGCCCUCCUCACAAUUGGCGGAAGGAAUUCAGGAAGUGCUCUCAGCUGCUCAGACAUCUCGGAGCCAAGUUCCAAGCAGGACAACGUGGAGGCUGCGGCACCCAGGGAGGAGUGCCAUGGUCCCUGGGGCGACCACCAGGCCAGGGGGCUGAAGUACUAGGUGCAGCCAGGGCUGGCCCUCAGGGAGCCCAGGGGAGUCUGUUCUCACGUCUUCCAGGGCAGUGCUUCUUCUAGAAGCUGACAUGGAGCUGACCACAGCUCUUGGAGACCUGGCCUGAGGCAUAGAAAAUAGAGAUUAUCUGAGAUUUGAGCAGUGGGGUCACGUGGCAGUGCCGGAUGGCCUGGAGCAGGAGCGACCCAGGGACUCAGAGCAGCGUCUUCUUAGGAGACAGAGGGAGAGCACCAGGCCCCUGCCAUCACCAAGAGCCUCCUGUUCUGGAUGGGAGCGAAGGCUUCAAGAGGACCUAAGGUUGCUCAGCGGGCCAUGGAAACGGCAGUGAUUGGGGUAGUGGCGGUACUGUUUGUGGUGACUGUGACCAUCACCUGUGUCCUCUGCUGCUUCAGCUGUGACUCGAGGGCCCAGGAUCUACAGGAGGGCUCUGGGAGCAGCUUCACGGUGGCCACAUUUCGCCAAGAGGCUUCUCUUUUCACGGGGCCUGGUCGCCAUGCCCAGCCAGUGCCUAGUGCCCAGGACUUCUGGACCUUCAUGUGAGGCCUGAGUCCCUAUGAUUUGCUAUGCUGAUGGGUCAGACUCACCUGCCCCUCAGCAAGCCUUCCCUGGCCUACUAUCCCUCCCAGGACCGCCUCCCACUCCUUCCCCUUCGUAACCUGUGAACUCCCCAUCUCCUCUCCCACCCCAACCUUCUGUGCCCUCCAGCCUGUGGGAUCCUUGGUAUUGGAACCCCCGAGCCCAGCUGGAGUCAACCCACAGGAUGGGGCUUAGGAGAGGUCUGAGGAGUGAGCGAACAGACACAGCGCUGGACUGCAAGGCCGCUGGGUCUGCUGAGCUACACCAGGAACUGAAAUACUACUGGAAUUUAUUGUAGGCGGUGUGCCUGCGACACUGAUCUAUUGCCACCUGAGGACACAGCACCCUCAAGUGGACAUUUUUGGAAACUGCUUCUUUCUUGCUCUCCUAAUUGAUUCCUUUUGCACAUUGCACAGAACUCAGCCUCGAGGCCUGCUCCCUGCCAUUUGCCUGAAAUCAGCCCUAAAAUUCUGAAGAGCUGCUUCCUGGGAACAAAUGAUUUACUUUAGAACUGAAAAUGUAUAUCCUUUUACGGGCCUUUCCAAAUCUGAUUUGGAGAGAAAAUAAGAGCCACAGAAAGCACAAUGUUUUAUUGAAAGGAAAGCCAGAAAUCUGAUUUUUAAACAUAUUUUUAACGUGUUUUGUAUUGCUAUAUUCUAACAGGUCACUUCUAUUCUUAGAGAACGUGACUUGUGUUACCCGGGAGUGACAGAAAAAUCAGGAACUGAAAGAUAAUUCCAGACAAGUUGAAAUGUUGUUACAUUCAGAGCAUGUAACAAAGCUCUUGUUUUAUCACAAAGAAAGAAAUAUUCAGUUUUUAUUAAUAGAAAACCCAUUCUCCUGUGGCCAUGGAAUAAAUGCCGUGCU